UUUCUCCUCUUCACUUUUUUGUUUUGUUUUGUGUUUUGCAGUUUUCUCACAGCCACUGCUGUUUCAGUCUCUCUCUGUCGACUUGCUGGGAGCGGAGUUUGUUGUCUGUGGUGGUAUUUCAGAAGUUUGCUUUCUCCUUCUUUCGUACUAGUAGUUUCUAAAAUGUCCCGUGAGAGACUUGGAAGUAUGGUGGCCGACAUACCGGCGUGGCUGUGGAAUGGAAGUCGUCCAUUUCGGAGUGAGCCAUCGAGGGCUGAAUGAUUUGAUAUUCUGUUUGCGAGCGCGGAGCCCUGUUAUUCUCUACCAAGUUGGAAUUUUCUACUUUGCAUUAUAAUUUUUGUCUGCAUGAGCUGUGUGGUGGUGGUACCAAUGGACUUCACGAACGGCGACGGUGCUUUGUUGGAAGAUGCUGUAAACAUUUCCAAUUCCGGCGCACAAGCAACAGGCUAUGGGGCCCAAGCGUCUGCGCAGCUUGCUGAGAGUGUGGAAGAGAGCCAAGACGUGGUGUGCAGCGCACCAAGCACAACACUUGCUGUAUCAACGCAAGAAAGUGUGCAUUCGUCUCUCGGUCUGUGUGAGGAGCCUGUGCAGAGAGGCCUAGAUGACUCGGAAAUCGUGUCGCUGCAGACGGUCACCACGCCGGCGCGCAUCAUCCACGGCUGCACGUUGUGCGCCAAGACGUUCUCACGGCACACCAAUCUGGUGCGUCACGUGCGCAAGCAGCACCCUGGCCACAGCGUGGCGCGCUCCACGCGCAACGUGACGACGAGCAACGGGCGGCUGGACGCCGACGAGGACGACGUACGCCUGAUGAACGACGAGCCGCAGCUGACCGAUCUGUCGGCGCACGUGGAGUGCGUGGCCGUGAGCGAUACCUGUGCGGUGCCGGAGGCCACUGCUGCUGCCGGCUCGCAUGCGUGCGUACUUUGCGGUGAGGUGUUCUUCAACGCUCAGCUCCUCGACCUGCACCUGGCGCAUCACGCCCGCCUGCCCGUGUCCGGCGAGCCGAGCGGCGUCGUCGGUACGAGUGCUGCGAGUGCGAGGGCGUUGGGCAACUACACGCCACCGCCCACCGAGCUCAGCAGCUCUGUGUCUGCGAUUGGAAUUGACUGCGCUCCGCCGCUGUUUCCGGCGGUGGCCACGCCCGACUCUGACUCGCUGCUCUCCUCCCGUGCGGAUGACACCGUUGCCGACUCGACGCCUGCGCCUCUGGCCGCCUCUGGGCGUGACAGUCCAGCCGCUACAGGGCACCAACAGGAUGCAGCGGCAGCAGCAGCGAAUCCGACACUGCAAUGCGAGCACUGCAGCGGGCGCUUCAAGGAUCCCGACAGCCUGGCCGAGCAUUCUCGUAAAUGUGGGCAGACACCGCUGGAGAAGCAUACGCAUAGAUGUGGCAUGUGCAGCGAGUCGUUCCCAUUGAAGGCUUCACUCGAGCAGCACAAGACCGGCAGCCAUGGGCCGUUUCGGUUCUACGAGUGUACCAUCUGCUCAAAGUCGUUCAAAGAUAAGCACGAUUUCCGCCGCCAUGAGCGCAUCCAUAGCGGAGAGCGCCCGUUCAAAUGUCCCACGUGCCACAAGUCCUUCUCGCAGGCCUCCAACCUGGAGAAGCACCGGCGCAUCCAUUCCGACGACAAGCCGCACGAGUGCGACGUGUGCGGGAAGUCGUUCAUUGAGCGUGCCAAGCUGCAGCGUCACCUGCGCACGCACAGCGGCGAGCAGCCCUAUCAGUGCCUCGUCUGCCAGCGCUUCUUCAGCCAGAAGCACCACCUGCGCACGCACAUGCUGAUCCACACGGGCGAGAAGCCGCACGCGUGCGACGUGUGUGGCAAGCAGUUUCGCGACCAGAAGGACCUUGUACGUCAUCGGCGCCUGCACACAGGCGAGAAGCCGUACGGCUGCGGCGAGUGCAGCAUGAGGUUCCGCCUGCGCGCCCUGCUGACCAAGCAUCGCCGCUCGGCGCACACCGAGCCCGUCCUGACCAGCAUGGUGACGGAGGGCCUGGUCGUGACCAUCCCUGCUGCAGACGACACCCCAAGCAGCAGCAGCAGUGCGGCUAGUGGGGUUGAUGAUGCCGGUGGUGACAGCAGUAGCAGCAGUGCGGCUAGUGGGGUUGAUGAUGCCGGUGUUGACAGCAGUAGCAGCAGCAGCUGUGAUGGCUAUGCCGAGACGGCAGCUGAUGCAGCCAAGUAGGUUGAACGAUGACAUGACUGGUAAACUGCUUACGGCUGUGUGCUAUCGGUGCAAUCUGCUGCUAUUUGCUGUGUGUAGUUUGAGUGUUUUUGAGAUGUGACACCGGCUUGCUGACCUUGAUCGGUCACCUGCUGUUCUGUUGCGCUGUAGGGCGUUUAGCAGGGGUUUUCCCGUAGCUAGCAUGGCAUUUUGUGGUGUGUGUAUGUGCGUCUGUCCGUCUGUCUGCCUGUCCAUCUAACCCCCCCCCCCCCCUCCCCACCUCUGUGCUACUCGGCUAGACGUUUGUGUCAGCGAGACCAGUCGGUUCCAUCCUAAUUCAUUGUGCUGAUGAUGAUGAUGUUGUUGUUGUACCCAUGCGAGUAAGAACCAAGGCUGCGCACAUCUAGCUUGUAGGGAUUUUAGUCGUGCUGUGAGCAUGUCGAUCACGCCUAUCAACAGUCACUGAUGUAAUCCAAGAUAUCAACAGCUGCGCAAUGUUGUCCAUAGCCCGUUGAGGCUGUGUAUGCA